UUAUGAAGUAUUUUGGGUAUCUGACGUACUUGAUAAUAAAGUACACAAAGCGGAUAUUAUAGUGCUCAAUAAUUGUAUUUUAUAUACAGCCAUAAGAAAAGAAACCUGGAUUAGUGAAAGUGUUACUCUUUGUGUAUUUCUUUAAAUAUUUAGUGUUAGUGGUUUUUAUCGAUAAAAGAAAGUGAUAUCAUGGAAACAGCAACAUAAGUGAAUAUUAAACAACGUCACAUUUUUUAAUUUUACACAAUAUACAAAGUCACAGUGAAACUGAGAUGUAAUGCAAUGGCAAAAUUGAUAAUAUUUUUACUUUUUCUUACGACAUACUUCUGCAUCAGCCAUGGUAAGUUGAAAUUGAAAAAAAAAAAUACUUUUACGAGGGGAGUACUAGUGACGAUAUCCAAAAAUAUCUGCAUGAUACAUGUUUCAGGAUGCACGGUGGUCGGUGCGAACUGGCCUCUGCCAGUAUCAGGGAGCGUUGUAGAUACAUAUAGAGGCGUUUUUCUCGAUAUGGCCACCAUAGGAAUAGAUGGCAUAGAGAGUGUCAACUAUGGGGCAGCAAUCAAUAACAGACAGUACGUAGAUUUUAACAUCAUUAACUCACGACUGGUGAUUAGUACAAAUCCCCUUUUUGAUGAAUAUGAAGAAAAUGAGACAGCUCUUCAGAUGCAGAUAGCUGUCACUUUCCGCUGUAGUGAUGGGUCGAGCCCUAUUACUUACAAUUUUUUCAUCAAUGUCGUGGACACUAACAACAACGCGCCUCAAUUUUGGAAUGCGGUCGAAGGCCAGCCACGGGACGAAUUCGAGUUUACCGUCACAGCCCCAUUACCACCAGGGUUUAAAAUAACUGGAUGCUUGAACGACUUAAUUGUUAGAGAUAUCGACCUUACGACCUCAAGAAUUGACUUUGCUAUUGAAGACAACGAGUACUUUGAGAUUGAGUACGGUGGUCUUACUGUUGCAAAGGAGUUCCAGGGCAUUCUGAAGACGAAGACACUCAUUAGAUCAAUACCGGAACCUAUCACGCUUACUAUUUCAGCCACGGACGUUGAUGCCACUGGAGAUCCUCCGAUUACUACCAAAGGAAAAAUUACAAUAAUUGGCGACGGAGAAUUUGAAAUGCCUGAAGAGCCUGUUUUCACGAAAGCUUUUUAUCUCGCCGACUACACGGAGGACAAUCGAGUGGUUCUUGAAGAAACUAUUUCUCUACGAAGCGGAUAUCACUCAGAUGUGGAUUUUAGUAUAGAAGGAGAAUUUAAGAACAAUUUUGAGAUCGUCCCGAAUCCGCAAUACGAGAAUCAGAUGUCCAUCGGUGUUACCAUUCCUUUGACUGGCGAUGUUCUUGAUCAACCAAAUGUUCUGCUAGCCGUGAAAGCCAACAGAGAGCACACAAGUGGGGCCUCGGCAACUGUCGUGGUACGACUGCCUCAAGGGAUUCCGCUGGAAUUUGAAAGAGCUCAUUACGAGGGAACGAUCGAAAACAAUAUCCUUGAUGUUCCACCACUCAUUUUAACACAAGGAUACGAGGGCACAGUUGUAUCUGCAAACGUCAUAAGUGAUUACACAUUGAAUUUCAACGCAGUUGUUCAAGGAAAUACAAUCACGUUAUCAAUGACUCCAUUGGCAGAAAGUAUUAUAAACGAGAAUGGUUUCAUUUAUCUCCAAAUAGUGGCUUCUACUGACCGUAGUAUAACAACGACUGUCGUCACCCUGGAAAUAAUAAAAGAUGAUAACAUAACGCCGGUAUUCAAUCAACCCAUAUACACAGGAUCUUAUAACCCCGGAGCUGAUUUGUCCAUCGAACAAAUCUCAUUUACACAGGGAUAUGAUGGAAUCGACUCACUGGAUUUAUUUGGAGACAAUUCAAACUACUUUACCGCGACGCAAGUAGGCGCGUCUGUAAGAAUUACGGUGUCCACUAUUCCACCUGCACUGUACAGCUUGGGACGCAUCGUGUUGUCCUUAGAAGCCACAAAACCGAGAACAGUGGGUGCCAGCGCUACUCUCAUCAUCAACUUACCAGGAGCUAGAGAAUUGGGAUUCGAAUCAUCUACUUAUAGAGGCAGUUUGCAGAAUAAUGUGCUUACUCUUGAUCCCAUUCCGUUAACCCUUGGAUAUGAUGAAAACAUUGAUUUUUCAAUCACUGGAGAUUACGCAAGUAACUUCAGAGUAUCAAAAGAAGAAAAUCGGGCUAUUAUUCGUUUGGAAACACCGAUAUCGAACGAGGUUAUAUUAGAAAACAAUAUCGUAAUGUUGACGCUCGCCGCAUCUGGUCUUAACGCUGUAACGACCACCACAAGUGUACUCCUGGAUAUAAUAAAGGAUGACACAACGACACCUGUAUUCAGUCGUAAUAUUUACUACGGCACAUACUUGGGCACGAACAUUAAUAUCGACGAUAUUAUCUUGACACAGGGCUAUGAUAGUAGCGUUACCUUCAGGCUUGAUGGUGAUCAUGCACAAUACUUCGACGUAUCAAACACCGGAAACAGAGUCGAGAUAGUUCAGCUAUCUCCCAUUCCCGAGGGCCUCAUUCACAAUGAGAAGGUUUUGGUUUUCAAUGUUUUAGCUUUAAAAGCACUUACUGUUGGCGCGAACGCGGCUGUUUCAAUUAGUUUCCCGUCAGAAUUGACAGAUCCUGUUGUUAUGAGGUUUGCGCAGAAUACUUACACCGCCACAAUCGACAACAAUGGACUGACGGCUGACCAUAUUGUUCUAAGCACGGGAUAUGCACCAGGAACUGAGUUUGUACAUACUGGAGACUAUUCAAGCUAUUUCUCUAUAACGCCAAAUGAGAACAGAGUAACAUUAUCGCUGCUCAAUCCUCUACCAACUGACGUUAUACCAAACUCAUUCAUAGUAUUGGAAAUAAAGGCGACCAGAGAGAGAGCUGUAUCUGCCUCGACCAGUAUAGUCGUUGAUAUAAUUCAAGAAGAAAUUGUUCCGCCAAAAUUCACCCAGCCAUACUAUAGAGGUGUUUAUGAUCCUGAAUCAGGUUUGCAGUUUAACGAAGUAAUUUCCUUAUUGUACGGUCACGACGACACCGCAGAUUUCCAUCUAGACGGAGAAUUCUCAUCACUGUUUAGGUUGGUUGAGUUGGACGGUAAAUCUCGAAGCAUUGAGGUUUUGGCUCCGAUAUCGGAAGAGGUAUUAAAAGAUAAUAGUCACUUGUUAUUCACUGUUGUGGCGACGAAGCCGGGAUCAUACACUGCACGUGCGACAAUAUCUAUCGAUAUUGUGAAAGAAAGUCCACAAGGAACUCUUGAAUUCGAUAGAGUGACAUACCUCGGCACUAUACAGAAUGACGUGGCACACGUUGGACCGAUUACUAUCAUCCAAGGGUUCACUGAUGACGUCACACUUGCUUUGUACGGAGAUCUAGCGGUCUACUUCACCACUCGGCGGGAGGCUUCUGUAGUCACAGUUACUAUGGUGACGCCCAUUCCGACAGAACUGAUACCAGACAACCGUAUAAUAGUGCUGGAAAUACGAGCGUCAUCACCACAAGCGAACACCGCUUACGCCACCAUAGUACUCGAAGCUAUUCUCGAGGACGACACACCCCCGACGAUUCAGCUAGCGUUCGACGCGCCGUUUUACACAGGAUCGUACAACACGAUUGAUGGUCUACGUCUAGACACGUCCAUCGCUUUAGCCGGAGGGCAUGACGCCAACACUCAGUUCGGCCUCCAAGGAGAAAACUCGCAGUGGUUCAGCGUAAGCCCAGGAUCGAAUACCGUCACUAUUGUGGUGUCCAGUGCGAUCCCGGAGGCCGUGCUGGCAAGCAAUCGGAAAUUCGUCUUCCUCAUCACAGCGCAGAGACCGGGAGCUCUCUCAGCGCAAGCGACGAUUGUCAUAUCUCUCACUGCGGACGAAAGCCCACUAGGCCCCACCCUUGGAUUCGAUCGAGUGACAUACCUCGGCACUAUACAGAAUGACGUGGCACACGUUGGACCGAUUACUAUCAUCCAAGGGUUCACUGAUGACGUCACACUUGCUUUGUACGGAGAUCUAGCGGUCUACUUCACCACUCGGCGGGAGGCGUCUGUAGUCACAGUUACUAUGGUGACGCCCAUUCCGACAGAACUGAUACCAGACAACCGUAUAAUAGUGCUGGAAAUACGAGCGUCAUCACCACAAGCGAACACCGCUUACGCCACCAUAGUACUCGAAGCUAUUCUCGAGGACGACACACCCCCGACGAUUCAGCUAGCGUUCGACGCGCCGUUUUACACAGGAUCGUACAACACGAUUGAUGGUCUACGUCUAGACACGUCCAUCGCUUUAGCCGGAGAGCAUGACGCCAACACUCAGUUCGGUCUCCAAGGGGAAAACUCGCAGUGGUUCAGCGUAAGCCCAGGAUCGAAUACCGUCACUAUUGUGGUGUCCAGUGCGAUCCCGGAGGCCGUGCUGGCAAGCAAUCGGAAAUUCGUCUUCCUCAUCACAGCGCAGAGACCGGGAGCUCUCUCAGCGCAAGCGACGAUUGUCAUAUCUCUCACUGCGGACGAAAGCCCACAAGGCCCCACUCUUGGAUUCGAUCGAGUGACAUACCUCGGCACUAUACAGAAUGACGUGGCACACGUUGGACCGAUUACUAUCAUCCAAGGGUUCACUGAUGACGUCACACUUGCUUUGUACGGAGAUCUAGCGGUCUACUUCACCACUCGGCGGGAGGCUUCUGUAGUCACAGUUACUAUGGUGACGCCCAUUCCGACAGAACUGAUACCAGACAACCGCAUAAUAGUGCUGGAAAUACGAGCGUCAUCACCACAAGCGAACACCGCUUACGCCACCAUAGUACUCGAAGCUAUUCUCGAGGACGACACACCCCCGACGAUUCAGCUAGCGUUCGACGCGCCGUUUUACACAGGAUCGUACAACACGAUUGAUGGUCUACGUCUAGACACGUCCAUCGCUUUAGCCGGAGGGCAUGACGCCAACACUCAGUUCGGCCUCCAAGGAGAAAACUCGCAGUGGUUCAGCGUAAGCCCAGGAUCGAAUACCGUCACUAUUGUGGUGUCCAGUGCGAUCCCGGAGGCCUUGCUGGCAAGCAAUCGGAAAUUCGUCUUCCUCAUCACAGCGCAGAGACCGGGAGCUCUCUCAGCGCAAGCGACGAUUGUCAUAUCUCUCACUGCGGACGAAAGCCCACAAGGCCCCACCCUUGGAUUCGAUCGAGUGACAUACCUCGGCACCAUACAGAAUGACGUGGCACACGUUGGACCGAUUACUAUCAUCCAAGGGUUCACUGAUGACGUCACACUUGCUUUGUACGGAGAUCUAGCGGUCUACUUCACCACUCGGCGGGAGGCGUCUGUAGUCACAGUUACUAUGGUGACGCCCAUUCCGACAGAACUGAUACCAGACAACCGUAUAAUAGUGCUGGAAAUACGAGCGUCAUCACCACAAGCGAACACCGCUUACGCCACCAUAGUACUCGAAGCUAUUCUCGAGGACGACACACCCCCGACGAUUCAGCUAGCGUUCGACGCGCCGUUUUACACAGGAUCGUACAACACGAUUGAUGGUCUACGUCUAGACACGUCCAUCGCUUUAGCCGGAGGGCAUGACGCCAACACUCAGUUCGGCCUCCAAGGAGAAAACUCGCAGUGGUUCAGCGUAAGCCCAGGAUCGAAUACCGUCACUAUUGUGGUGUCCAAUGCGAUCCCGGAGGCCGUGCUGGCAAGCAAUCGGAAAUUCGUCUUCCUCAUCACAGCGCAGAGACCGGGAGCUCUCACAGCGCAAGCGACGAUUGUCAUAUCUCUCACUGCGGACGAAAGCCCACAAGGCCCCACUCUUGGAUUCGAUCGAGUGACAUACCUCGGCACUAUACAGAAUGACGUGGCACACGUUGGACCGAUUACUAUCAUCCAAGGGUUCACUGAUGACGUCACACUUGCUUUGUACGGAGAUCUAGCGGUCUACUUCACCACUCGGCGGGAGGCUUCUGUAGUCACAGUUACUAUGGUGACGCCCAUUCCGACAGAACUGAUACCAGACAACCGCAUAAUAGUGCUGGAAAUACGAGCGUCAUCACCACAAGCGAACACCGCUUACGCCACCAUAGUACUCGAAGCUAUUCUCGAGGACGACACACCCCCGACGAUUCAGCUAGCGUUCGACGCGCCGUUUUACACAGGAUCGUACAACACGAUUGAUGGUCUACGUCUAGACACGUCCAUCGCUUUAGCCGGAGGGCAUGACGCCAACACUCAGUUCGGCCUCCAAGGAGAAAACUCGCAGUGGUUCAGCGUAAGCCCAGGAUCGAAUACCGUCACUAUUGUGGUGUCCAGUGCGAUCCCGGAGGCCUUGCUGGCAAGCAAUCGGAAAUUCGUCUUCCUCAUCACAGCGCAGAGACCGGGAGCUCUCUCAGCGCAAGCGACGAUUGUCAUAUCUCUCACUGCGGACGAAAGCCCACAAGGCCCCACCCUUGGAUUCGAUCGAGUGACAUACCUCGGCACCAUACAGAAUGACGUGGCACACGUUGGACCGAUUACUAUCAUCCAAGGGUUCACUGAUGACGUCACACUUGCUUUGUACGGAGAUCUAGCGGUCUACUUCACCACUCGGCGGGAGGCGUCUGUAGUCACAGUUACUAUGGUGACGCCCAUUCCGACAGAACUGAUACCAGACAACCGUAUAAUAGUGCUGGAAAUACGAGCGUCAUCACCACAAGCGAACACCGCUUACGCCACCAUAGUACUCGAAGCUAUUCUCGAGGACGACACACCCCCGACGAUUCAGCUAGCGUUCGACGCGCCGUUUUACACAGGAUCGUACAACACGAUUGAUGGUCUACGUCUAGACACGUCCAUCGCUUUAGCCGGAGGGCAUGACGCCAACACUCAGUUCGGCCUCCAAGGAGAAAACUCGCAGUGGUUCAGCGUAAGCCCAGGAUCGAAUACCGUCACUAUUGUGGUGUCCAAUGCGAUCCCGGAGGCCGUGCUGGCAAGCAAUCGGAAAUUCGUCUUCCUCAUCACAGCGCAGAGACCGGGAGCUCUCACAGCGCAAGCGACGAUUAUCAUAUCUCUCACUGCGGACGUAAGCCCACAAGGCCCCACUCUUGGAUUCGAUCGAGUGACAUACCUCGGCACUAUACAGAAUGACGUGGCACACGUUGGACCGAUUACUAUCGUCCAAGGGUUCACUGAUGACGUCACACUUGCUUUGUACGGAGAUCUAGCGGUCUACUUCACCACUCGGCGGGAGGCUUCUGUAGUCACAGUUACUAUGGUGACGCCCAUUCCGACAGAACUGAUACCAGACAACCGCAUAAUAGUGCUGGAAAUACGAGCGUCAUCACCACAAGCGAACACCGCUUACGCCACCAUAGUACUCGAAGCUUUUCUCGAGGACGACACACCCCCGACGAUUCAGCUAGCGUUCGACGCGCCGUUUUACACAGGAUCGUACAACACGAUUGAUGGUCUACGUCUAGACACGUCCAUCGCUUUAGCCGGAGGGCAUGACGCCAACACUCAGUUCGGCCUCCAAGGAGAAAACUCGCAGUGGUUCAGCGUAAGCCCAGGAUCGAAUACCGUCACUAUUGUGGUGUCGAGUGCGAUCCCGGAGGCCGUGCUGGCAAGCAAUCGGAAAUUCGUCUUCCUCAUCACAGCGCAGAGACCGGGAGCUCUCUCAGCGCAAGCGACGAUUGUCAUAUCUCUCACUGCGGACGUAAGCCCAGAAGGACCCACUCUUGGAUUCGAUCGAGUGACAUACCUCGGCACUAUACAGAAUGACGUGGCACACGUUGGACCAAUUACUAUCAUCCAAGGGUUCACUGAUGACGUCACACUUGCUUUGUACGGAGAUCUAGCGGUCUACUUCACCACUCGGCGGGAGGCGUCUGUAGUCACAGUUACUAUGGUGACGCCCAUUCCGACAGAACUGAUACCGGACAACCGUAUAAUAGUGCUGGAAAUACGAGCGUCAUCACCACAAGCGAACACCGCUUACGCCACCAUAGUACUCGAAGCUAUUCUCGAGGACGACACACCCCCGACGAUUCAGCUAGCGUUCGACGCGCCGUUUUACACAGGAUCGUACAACACGAUUGAUGGUCUACGUCUAGACACGUCCAUCGCUUUAGCCGGAGGGCAUGACGCCAACACUCAGUUCGGCCUCCAAGGAGAAAACUCGCAGUGGUUCAGCGUAAGCCCAGGAUCGAAUACCGUCACUAUUGUGGUGUCGAGUGCGAUCCCGGAGGCCGUGCUGGCAAGCAAUCGGAAAUUCGUCUUCCUCAUCACAGCGCAGAGACCGGGAGCUCUCUCAGCGCAAGCGACGAUUGUCAUAUCUCUCACUGCGGACGUAAGCCCAGAAGGACCCACUCUUGGAUUCGAUCGAGUGACAUACCUCGGCACUAUACAGAAUGACGUGGCACACGUUGGACCAAUUACUAUCAUCCAAGGGUUCACUGAUGACGUCACACUUGCUUUGUACGGAGAUCUAGCGGUCUACUUCACCACUCGGCGGGAGGCGUCUGUAGUCACAGUUACUAUGGUGACGCCCAUUCCGACAGAACUGAUACCGGACAACCGUAUAAUAGUGCUGGAAAUACGAGCGUCAUCACCACAAGCGAACACCGCUUACGCCACCAUAGUACUCGAAGCUAUUCUCGAGGACGACACACCCCCGACGAUUCAGCUAGCGUUCGACGCGCCGUUUUACACAGGAUCGUACAACACGAUUGAUGGUCUACGUCUAGACACGUCCAUCGCUUUAGCCGGAGGGCAUGACGCCAACACUCAGUUCGGCCUCCAAGGAGAAAACUCGCAGUGGUUCAGCGUAAGCCCAGGAUCGAAUACCGUCACUAUUGUGGUGUCCAGUGCGAUCCCGGAGGCCGUGCUGGCAAGCAAUCGGAAAUUCGUCUUCCUCAUCACAGCGCAGAGACCGGGAGCUCUCUCAGCGCAAGCGACGAUUGUCAUAUCUCUCACUGCAGACGAAAGCCCACAAGGCCCCACCCUUGGAUUCGAUCGAGUGACAUACCUCGGCACCAUACAGAAUGACGUGGCACACGUUGGACCGAUUACUAUCAUCCAAGGGUUCACUGAUGACGUCACACUUGCUUUGUACGGAGAUCUAGCGGUCUACUUCACCACUCGGCGGGAGGCGUCUGUAGUCACAGUUACUAUGGUGACGCCCAUUCCGACAGAACUGAUACCAGACAACCGUAUAAUAGUGCUGGAAAUACGAGCGUCAUCACCACAAGCGAACACCGCUUACGCCACCAUAGUACUCGAAGCUAUUCUCGAGGACGACACACCUCCGACGAUUCAGCUAGCGUUCGACGCGCCGUUUUACACAGGAUCGUACAACACGAUAGAUGGUCUACGUCUAGACACGUCCAUCGCUUUAGCCGGAGGGCAUGACGCCAACACUCAGUUCGGCCUCCAAGGAGAAAACUCGCAGUGGUUCAGCGUAAGCCCAGGAUCGAAUACCGUCACUAUUGUGGUGUCCAAUGCGAUCCCGGAGGCCGUGCUGGCAAGCAAUCGGAAAUUCGUCUUCCUCAUCACAGCGCAGAGACCGGGAGCUCUCUCAGCGCAAGCGACGAUUGUCAUAUCUCUCACUGCGGACGAAAGCCCACAAGGCCCCACCCUUGGAUUCGAUCGAGUGACAUACCUCGGCACCAUACAGAAUGACGUGGCACACGUUGGACCGAUUACUAUCAUCCAAGGGUUCACUGAUGACGUCACACUUGCUUUGUACGGAGAUCUAGCGGUCUACUUCACCACUCGGCGGGAGGCUUCUGUAGUCACAGUUACUAUGGUGACGCCCAUUCCGACAGAACUGAUACCAGACAACCGUAUAAUAGUGCUGGCAAUACGAGCGUCAUCACCACAAGCGAACACCGCUUACGCCACCAUAGUACUCGAAGCUAUUCUCGAGGACAAUACACCCCCGACGAUUCAGCUAGCGUUCGACGCGCCGUUUUACACAGGAUCGUAUAACACGAUUGAUGGUCUACGUCUAGACACGUCCAUCGCUUUAGCCGGAGGGCAUGACGCCAACACUCAGUUCGGCCUCCAAGGAGAAAACUCGCAGUGGUUCAGCGUAAGCCCAGGAUCGAAUACCGUCACUAUUGUGGUGUCCAGUGCGAUCCCGGAGGCCGUGCUGGCAAGCAAUCGGAAAUUCGUCUUCCUCAUCACAGCGCAGAGACCGGGAGCUCUCUCAGCGCAAGCGACGAUUGUCAUAUCUCUCACUGCGGACGAAAGCCCACAAGGCCCCACCCUUGGAUUCGAUCGAGUGACAUACCUCGGCACUAUACAGAAUGACGUGGCACACGUUGGACCUAUUACUAUCAUCCAAGGGUUCACUGAUGACGUCACACUUGCUUUGUACGGAGAUCUAGCGGUCUACUUCACCACUCGGCGGGAGGCUUCUGUAGUCACAGUUACUAUGGUGACGCCCAUUCCGACAGAACUGAUACCAGACAACCGUAUAAUAGUGCUGGAAAUACGAGCGUCAUCACCACAAGCGAACACCGCUUACGCCACCAUAGUACUCGAAGCUAUUCUCGAGGACGACACACCCCCGACGAUUCAUCUAGCGUUCGACGCGCCGUUUUACACAGGAUCGUAUAACACGAUUGAUGGUCUACGUCUAGACACGUCCAUCGCUUUAGCCGGAGGGCAUGACGCUAAUACUCAGUUCGGCCUCCAAGGAGAAAACUCGCAGUGGUUCAGCGUAAGCCCAGGAUCGAAUACCGUCACUAUUGUGGUGUCGAGUGCGAUCCCGGAGGCCGUGCUGGCAAGCAAUCGGAAAUUCGUCUUCCUCAUCACAGCGCAGAGACCAGGAGCUCUCUCAGCGCAAGCGACGAUUGUCAUUGCAGUAACUGAUGGUUCAUCCAAUGGAAAUGUCGCCGAGUUUGAAAAUGUUUUCUACGAAGGAGUUAUUCAAGGCAAUGAUGUCCGACACGAGUUAGUUAGAAUAUUUGGCUACGAUGGCACAACAGUGGAUGUUAUUGGAGAUUAUUCGAAUUUGUUUAUGGCUCGCGCUUCGGAUGGGGUAGUAACAGUGGGAGCGUCUGGUACGUUGAACUUGCCUGAUGACGUCACACGGGUGGUUCUUGAACUUCAAGCAGCAGGGGCCAGAACAGCUAUGGUUUUGAACGUCGAACAAUCAGAUGCCCCUAUACUUCCGACGGUGACCUUCUCCUCGGAAUUAUACGAGGUUACCGUCGGGAUAGCACAGACCGGCCUGAUAGGUCGAGUUUCAGCAACGACGAACAACGGAGAGGCAGUCACCUAUUCACUUGGAACACUCAAUGCACAUCUACAAACACGUCUUAGUAUAAACAAUGAAGGGGAACUACAUUUGUCUGCUCCGGCUAACAGUGGCGUCUACGCUUUCCAAGUUGUUGCCACUUCAGUUAUUACACAAGCUACAGGCACGGCUACGGUAACUUUAGCAGUAGAAGGUGAGAUCGUUGUCCCACCUCUGAUCAUAAUCGACAGAGAUGAGGAACAACCUCACAGAAACUUAGUAGUACUAGACCCGGAACAACAGAGUGGCUGCCACUAUACCAUGACCCAUCGUUGGCCCACUAAUGCAAAUUGGCUGUAUGUCGAUGAAAACGGACUGCACGCCAACGUUAUCGACAGAGAACAUCCAUCUAUAGCAUUCAUGGCACUUUCUCAAGUUCAAGUAGAACUCAUCUUACAUUGUGAAAAUGAUAACCCCGGCAGAUCGAAACGCUCCGAGAGAACUGAUUGGCUUGGCCCAUAUGACUACGGCAGCAAUAAAUGGAUUCUCACAGACACGAUCCUGUACAACUCCAGACGAAGCUUAGUGAAUCUAAUAGUAAACGACAUUAACGAUAACGAUCCGAUAUUCGUCGGAAAAGAACACGAACCCAUUGUAGUCGGAUAUCCCACUGAUGAUCUCGAAGAGAAGAUAUUACCCCGAUCUUUGGUGGAGUUAAAGGCGACAGACGCAGACGUAGGAGAAAAUGCACAGUUGAUGUAUUCGAGUGCAGAAAGUUCGCUGGCAGUGGCCCCAACUACGGGAUUCGUUCACGUGCGCAGUGGAGCAACCCUCGUGCAAGACCAGAUCCUCACCGUCAGAGCAACUGAUCAAAAUGGCAAUGGUCGUACUGGCACUAUACAGCUGAUGGUAAAACUUUUAGACUUGAGCCAUAUCGCGGUAGUGACUGUAAGAGAUGCCUUCCUAGACGACGAAACGACAGUUUUGAAUCAGUUAAGUGCCGCGGUUGGGUAUGAAGUUAAAGCAUUGAGGUCAGUCGUCAUAUCUGAUGACAUAGAUGGAGACGUUACCAGGAAGACACGUGAAGCUAACAACGGCGGUGCCUCUCUACAACUUUACGUUUACGGAUUAAUUGCAAGAGAACCUGUAGUCGUGGAACGUCUUACUACUGAUAUAAGUACCAACGCUGCAAAUGUAAACGUGAUAAGUACUCUAACACUGGAAGAUCAUCUACAAGAUAUAAACAUAUUCGAACGUGACAUUGGGUUGUUAGUAGCCACGGUCGUCCUAAGCGUUCUCCUGUUUAUGCUCAUUGUGGUGAUAGCCAUUUGGUUCUUCCUUAGAUGGAGGAAAAGCAAAAAGUAUAACGAACUCAGUGAAGAGAACAGCAUAGCAUCCAGAAAUAGUUCGCUUGGUGAAGUACCAAAACCUGAACCCAUGAAACCGAGACUGAACAUUGAAGAUCUGAAAAGGAGCGAAAAGAGAUUGCAAGAAAGGUUGGAAGCUCCCAUUGAAGAGAUUUCAGUAGAACCAAUGACUUCGAGAAAACUCGAAAGUCCUGUCGAAGCUAUACUUGAUGUGCCUGUACCUGAAGUUAUUCCACCAAUACCAAUAGUUAUCCAGUCAAUAGAUAAAUUAAAAGAUGCCGAUGAUGAUGACGACACGGAUGACGAAUUUGGAGAGGUAACAGCACCGAGAAAAUCUGUGGUUACUUUCAAUGAAAACGUAGAAAAAAUUAUAACCGUAGAAGAUGAUGCUGAAGACGACGGAGACAGCUCACGAGCUGGCUAUGAAGUUUACAGGUUAUAAUAACUCAAAAAAAUGUAUACCUAGAUAAAAUUUAAUCAUAUAUUUUUGUAAAUAUUUUUAUAAGUACUCAUUUUAUGUUAUAUAUUUUAUUAUAAAAAAUAACGAAACUUAA